AAGAAUAAAAAAGGACACCGGAAUAGCGUACCCGGAAGUUCCGAAUGAUGAAAAACGCGUCAUUUCCUGUUAGCAUGUUUGGCUAGCCAGAGAGAAAUUUCUUCGUUUUUUUGUGUUGGUAAUUCUUUUCUUUUUUAAAUAAACCUCGAUUUUAAUGGAAGAACACGAGGAGAACAUUCAAGUUAAAGAAGUUAACGUGCAGAGGAGGAUGAAAAGAAAUGAAAGGAAACAGUUGAUCUCUUUUGGUUUUGGAUUCAAAAAGGAGCAGCAUGGCAUUGUGCCUGUCAUUGAGCUGGAGAUCUUACCUGAUGGAGACUUCAAACGCUGCCAGUAUGUCACUGAGAAGCCAUGUACCAGUACAAGAUCUCUGUGCAGCAACAUCAACAGCUAUGACCAGUGGGCGGAGUCUCUGCUGCUUCCACCCUAAAGCGGUCUGUGUUCAGAGUCAUUGGAAAGCAGCUCGCCAAGAAGAUGGAGCCAAGCUGUAGGACGGCUCUGAGGUGACGUCUCACAACUCUUCCACCAACUGACUCAUCAACUUCCUGAAGAAGAACCGGUCCUGAGCCCGGCCCGCCCGGUCCGGUCCUGCUGCUCUGAGAUUGUGUUGUGGCUUUAGUGUUGGUGCACGUUACUGCAGGUGACCAUUCCCUCCACCCCUCACACACUUUCAAAAUCAAAGCUGUGGACCACUGCAGCUGUUUCAAUGACUGAAGGUUAAAGCUUUAAAAGCAGUGCAGGCUUAGCUUCAUGUGGGUUCUGUAGAAGUUCUGACGGACCGGGUCACGGCUCAGUGAGGAAGUUUGAACUCUAUUUAGUGGAUAUGGACCCAGUUCAAAUGAAGUCAAACUGAACAAAAACAGGUUUGUUCUGAUAAAAGCUUUAUUUAAAAAGAGACGGCUCAGCCAGCAGGAGGCACUGCAGCGUUCUAACAUGCUGCUGACCCAAUAUGACCCAAUGAGCUCCUCUGUGAGGAGAGCAAUAGAACCAGCAGAACAGAAGCUCAGAGUUCUGAGCGAGUUCAAUCCAAAAUGUAGAAAAACUUGACUAGAUUAUCAAUUAGUUUAACUGAAAUUGUGCUUCGGCCGCUUAUUGUGGCCGCAGUUAUUUGUUACUUCAAGUGCAAUUUAUGCUAAAUAACCUCAUCACCAUCCUCCUCAGUGAAACAUAAACACUCACCUGAGCACAGGUGUCAGCUCACCUUAGCACUAACCGUUUGUGUGACAGAAUGAAAGUCUUUAUCUGAAUGGGUUUGUAUGAUGGAGUGUGUGAGCUG